AUGGCCUCUGUUAUAGUAGUGGAUACUGAAUUGGAAGAUUCUAUUAGAGAAUAUAGUCAAAUUAUUGACAGUAUAAACAAAACUACUGAUUUCUCCACCGCCAUCAAAUCAUUAUUACCAGAAGCUUCAUGGAAUCAACAAGAAUUAUCAACUCAAAUUAAACAAGAUUUAAAUAAAGAAAUUUUAAAAGUUUCAACUAGUGAAAAUUUGAAAAAAUUAACUGAUAAAGAAUUUGAACCAACUUUUUAUUUGUUGAUUCAUAUUUUAUCUAAACUUUCUAGUCAAGAUGAAGUUUUAAAUAAUGUUGAUUCACCAGUUUAUUCAAUUUUAUUUGAAACUAAUCCUCAACAACCACCAUCAUUAAGAGAUAGAAGAUCCAUUAAAUCAACUUCUAUUUUAUCAAUCUUGAGUACAAUUUUCAACUUGUUACCAAAUGAAUCUAAAACUAGAGUUUAUGUAUUGAAGAAUGUUUUAAAAGUUAUUAAAACUUCAGGAAUUGAUUUCAGUUUAAUUCAAGAUAAUAUUGGUUCUAAUUUAAUUAAUUGGUUGAAAGAAAGUAAAAGUAAUGAAGAUGAAAUUAAAUCUCUUUUCUGGGAUUUCAUUGAAUUGGAUGGUGAAUAUAGUCAAAAAUCAUUAAAUUACAUUAAAUCAUUCACUCAAUCUAAUAAUUUAUCUAAAGAAGAAUUAAUUAAAUUGAUUAAAUGUGCAUUAUCUUCUAAAGUUGUUGAUGUUUCAUAUUUGGUUAAUAAUAAUGUUGCAAAAUCUUUAUCUACUAAUCAAUCUGAACCUUUGGUUGUUAUUUUCAAAAAAUAUGUUCAUGGUGAAAUCAUUUCAAUUGAUCAAAUCCCAUCUGAUUUAUCAUCUCAAGGUAAAUUUAUUAAUUCCAAGAGUAAGAUUUUAGCAUUAGCUAAAUAUUUCGCUGAUUCUACUACUACUGGAUCUGAUCAUGAUGCUGUUGUUUUCAAAUAUAAUGAAAUUCCAAAUGUUGAAUCAAGUUUAGAAUUUGAAGAAAUUUUAAUUGAAGCUAUUAAAUCCGGUGUUAUUGAAGGUAAAUUAAACCAACUUGAAGAAACUUUCUAUUUAACUAGAGUUAAUAGAUUCAUAAUUGCUGGUGAAGAUAACAGUAAAAAUUGGGCUCAAGUUAAAUUGGCUUUGGAACAAUGGCAAAAUUCUUUAGCCAACAUUAAUGAUAUUGUUAAAGCUGCUAGAGAAAACAUUGUUAACAAUAACACUAAUUAA